AAGCAUAUAAUCAUGGGCAAACUCCCGUGAUUACACAGUCGUUAGACAUGGCGAUGACAGCUACUGUGCUCUUCAUGAUGGCUUUGAUACCAUCAGUUGCACCAGCUUUCUGUACUGGUGGAAAGCUAGAAAAAGCUGACAUCGAUAGCAAAGUGCUUGAGCCAAUCAACAGCAAGCGAGAGAAUGUUUUGAAAGGAAAUGUAGCAGGACUACCGAAGGGAAAGAAAAUGAAUAAACUUGAGUGGGAUUGCAGUUUGGAAUUGGAAGCUAUUGGUUCAGUGGAUGGAUCAUGUGUGACUAAGCAGCCAACGGAUAAAGCAUGGAUAACGGGUUUUAGAGAUAUUACCGAAACCUUGACUGAUCAGAUAAGCGAAUGGCUGUUUUAUUUGGAUACGAAUGAUGUUGAAAAAGCAAAAGCUGUUGGAAGCAAUGCAGUCUCGUCCAUUAUUGGGGAUUUGGAGGAACCCUUCAAUCUUAUUCGAGCUUCAACAACAAAGAUCGGUUGUGUAGAAACGACUUGCAAUGAUGAAUCCGAAGAUUUUACUGCUGUGUAUUGUCUUACAGACCAAAAGAAACUGGAAGUCAAUGAUGUGGUUUACGAAGUUGGUAGUGGAACAUGUAGUGAUGCAGAAUGUGGUACUGGAAGAUCUUGCAACACUGGCACGGGACUAUGUGAAGAGUCUACCGCUACCACAUCAUUCACAUCAUUUACAACAAAUGGUGCUACUACUGCUGCCAGUUACCCUGGAGAGUUACCUUCCGGAACUAGCACUCUGUGCAAGGAUAAUAGUGGGAUGACAGACGACCUGAGAACGCGGUUCCUUGACACACAAAAUUAUAGAAGAAGUAUCCUAGUACAAGGCCAAGUACAAAGACCCAGUGGAAAGAAUCUACCAAAGGGAGGAGAUAUGCUGAAAUUGGUACUCGACUGCGAUUUGGAAAAGGCCGCUAUUGAGGAAGUGCGAACAUGUCCUUCUACUAAAACAGCUAGUACAUAUGGUAAAAACUUUGACAAAUUUGCAUCGAGUAGUGUCGUAGCGACUUACGCAGAUGCAGUAAAGAAGGCCGUUACGAAUUGGUGGAAAGUGGUUCGCCAUGACAACACGGGGCCAGGAAUGCUAGUGACCUUUCGUAGCAAGCAUGUUGGCACUGCUAUAGAAACCUAUACCCAGAUCGCUUGGUCAAGAACCAACUAUCUUGGAUGUGCAAUCGCAAAAUGUUCAUCCUCUUACACCGUCAUAUGUCUAUACAAACCAAAAGGCAAUAUCCCGGAUGAAGUACUGUACAAGAUAGGAAAUCCUUGCUCCGCCUGUCCUAGUGGAACAUGUGACAGUGGUCUUGGGCUCUGCAUGUAACUUGAGCUCCAACCACAAUAUUUCAUUCUCAUGCGCAGUUGCGCGGCAUAGCUUUGCCUUCAAAAGACGUCAGUCAUUCAUUUUGCCAAUAAAACUUCUGCGCCCAC